AUGUCCGACGUAACCACCGCCAUCGCCUCGGCCUAUGCCUGCCGGGCCAAGGACGACGACAACGUUGCUACCGUCUCUGGCUCCGACCUCCGUGCCGACCAACCCCGCAAGCGUCGACAUUCCUUCUUCAUCCCCCGUCGCAGUUCCAUCGUUGGCUCCAUCAUGGACGGUGAAGAGAGCCUCCUGCUCAAGGUCGAUCUUUUCCUUUCCGAACUUGAGCGCCGCCUCGACGUCAUCGAGAGCUAUACCGACCUAAGUAAAGAUAUGAGCAUUUCCCGCGCGUGGUCGACCCUCCAAGCCGUCCGUUCUCGAUGUUCUCACGCCUCCGAGGAGGUCCUUGGCGCCGGCCGACGACGGUUACAUGUCAUGGUUGAGACUCUGGAGAUGAGAUAUCAUGAUGGCCUUGAGGCCGCAGAGUCGCUCAACGAAAAGGCUCGAGUCGGCGUCGAACUACUGGAGGAGAUGCUGACCGAGUUUGAGAACCGCGCUUACAAGUUGCGCGAGCAAGGUAUCGCCAACGCCGCCACCGCCGCCGAGGCCUUCAUGGGCGAGGGACGACGUGUCGCCAACGAGAGUAUUGAGCGGGCCAUGCGGGCUGCCAUGUCUCUCGAGGAGCACAUCCAACAAGCCAUCAUGCAGGCGAAGGAGGCUCGUCUCAUCCGCUACGAUGACCUGCCCAGUCCGUGGCGAAACAACCCACAUAUCAUUAAGGGGUAUCGCUUUACCGAAUCAUACCUUGAGUGCGUUUGGUCCGCCUUCAACUUCUCCAAUGAAUCGGUCAACAUUUGGUCACAUGCUCUCGGCCUCAUCGUGGUUCUCGCUAUUGCUUUCUGGUUCUACCCGAGCAGCACCAGCUUCUCCCUCAGCACCAAGACAGACGUCUUUGUGGCUGCCGUCUUCCUUAUGAUGGCUUGCCUGACCCUUGUGUGCUCGACCAUCUGGCACACGAUGAAUGCCGUUGCUGAUAUGAACGCCAUCUCCCUCUUUGCUUGUGUGGACUACACCGGCAUCUCUUUGCUCAUCGCUGCGUCCAUCAUGACCACCGAGUACACUGCGUUUUACUGUGACCCUAUCAGCCGGUGGACUUAUAUGACCCUGACAGCCUUGCUCGGAAUCGGAGGUGUUAUCCUUCCCUGGCACCCUCGAUUCAAUGGUGCUGAUAUGGCCUGGGCGCGCGUUGCAUUUUAUGUUGGCCUGGCUCUGACUGGCUUCAUGCCUAUUGUCCAGCUUGGGUGUACGCAUGGGUUGGACUUUGUCUACGACUUCUACUCGCCCAUCACCAAGUCCGUGCUGGUCUACUUUGGCGGAGCUGUUGUCUACGCCAGCAAGAUACCCGAACGGUGGUGCCCUGGCAUGUUCGACUAUGUGGGAGGCAGCCACAACCUUUGGCAUGCUGCAGUGCUUGGCGGUAUCCUAUUUCACUACACAGCAAUGGAGACAUUCUUCGCUAACGCCUUCCGCCGCGCUGAGGCAGGCUGCCCUAGCUACUAA